AUACUUUAGUGUUUUGUUCAAUAAACACGUCCCUGUCUGACUGACAUUCUGAAGCAGUAGGUGGCGGUAAUGCUCCAUUAGGCUAGAUGCCAACUGCCGUAAAACACAAAAAAGAAGAAGAAGCUGAAGACGAAGAAGAAGAAGAACAGUUAGCAGGCUUGCUAAUGCUCAGAGGCGGCGACAUCAUUAUCAGGAUAUCCUCACUAUGAGCUAUGCAGAGAAACCAGACGACAUAACGAGAGACGAAUGGAUGGAUAAGCUCAACAAUGUUCAUAUCCAGAGAGCUGAUAUGAACAGACUUAUUAUGAACUAUUUGGUGACAGAGGGCUUCAAGGAAGCGGCAGAGAAGUUCAGAAUGGAGUCCGGGAUUGAGCCAAGUGUAGACCUGGAGUCCCUUGAUGAAAGAAUUAAGAUCAGAGAAAUGAUCUUAAAAGGACAGAUUCAGGAUGCAAUUUCGCUGAUCAACAGUCUUCAUCCAGAACUGCUGGAUACUAAUCGCUACCUUUACUUUCACUUACAGCAGCAGCAUCUCAUUGAGCUCAUUCGCUUGAGAGAGACUGAAGCUGCGCUUGAAUUUGCCCAGUCUCAGUUAGCAGAGCAGGGGGAGGAGAGUCGUGAAUGUCUAACUGAGAUGGAAAGGACACUGGCACUGCUGGCAUUCGAUAACCCAGAGGAGUCACCUUUUGGAGAUCUGCUAAACAUGAUGCAGAGACAAAAGGUUUGGAGUGAAGUGAAUCAGUCUGUGCUCGACUAUGAAAACAGGGAAUCAACACCCAAGUUGGCCAAACUCCUGAAGCUGCUGCUCUGGGCUCAAAAUGAACUUGACCAAAAGAAAGUCAAGUAUCCCAAAAUGACAGACCUUAGUAAGGGAACCAUCGAAGAGCCAAAAUAAGGCCCAGAUUUAAAGCAUAUGGACAAAUUUCCCGUAUCUAUUUAUACCCCACACAAUGAUGCUAUUACAUCCUUUUUUUAAAGGGUUGUUUUUCCCACAUUAACAGUGGAAUGAGCAGAAUGAACUGGAGUGAUGCAAUUUCAAAAUGACCUGUAACUAAACAAACAUGUAUUAUGUUACAUGGCGUUAACAUUUUAUAUGUAAAUGUUAGCUAAAUGACAUUACCGUAUUUUUCGGAGUAUAAGUCGCUCCGGGGUAUAAGUCGCACCGGCCGAAAAUGCACAAUAAAAAAGGACAAAAACAUAUAAGUCGCACUGGAGUAUAAGUCGCAUUUUUGGGGGAAAUUUAUUUGAUAAAACCCAACACCAAGAAUAGACAUUUGAAAGGCAAUAGUGAACAACAGGCUGAAUUUGGGGCGGUGUAGCUCGGUUGGUAGAGCGGCCGUGCCAGCAACUUGAGGGUUCCAGGUUCGAUCCCCGCUUCCGCCAUCCUAGUCACUGCCGUUGUGUGCUUGGGCAAGACGCUUUACCCACCUGCUCCCAGUUCCACCCACACUGGUUUAAAUGUAACUUACAUAUUGGGUUUCACGAUGUAAAGCGCUUUGAAUCACUAGAGAAAAGCGCUAUAUAAAUAUAAUUCACUUCACUUCACUGAAUAAGUGUACGUUAUAUGACGCAUAAAUAACCUACUGAGAACGUGCCUGGUAUGUUAACGUAACAUAUUAUGGUAAGAGUCAUUCAAAUAACUAUAACAUAGAGCAUGCUAUACGUUUACCAACCAAUCUGUCACUCCUAAUCGCUAAAUCCCAUGAAAUCUUAUACGUCUAGUCUCUUACGUGAAUGAGCUAAAUAAUAUUAUUUGAUAUUUUACGGUAAUGUGUUAAUAAUUUCACACAUAAGUCGCUCCUGAGUAUAAGUCACACCCCCGGCCAAACUAGAAAAAAACUGCGACUUAUAGUCCGAAAAAUACGGUAGUAAUUUUUUUUUGCAUAUUUACAUUGUACACUAGUUUUUUUUUCUGUCUGUCGGCAGGGAAAGUUGCUAAUAGAAGGUGUAAUUAAGGCCUAAAUUAGGCUGCCAGUCUGCGUGUGACCAUUUAGGUAUGUUUUUAAGUGAAAAUUAUUAUCUUUGUGUCCUCACUAAAAGCUUAAGCUGGGUACACAUGUAAAUAUGCUGUAAUUCUAAAGAUGAAACAUCAGCUCAUUUUGAUCAUUAUGUGUAAAAUAAUAUCAGCUCAGCACAAUCCAAACCAAUCCAGCCGAAAAUUAAACAAAAGAAUAAUCGUAAUAAGAACAAGUUCAAUACUUAGAAUUGUGGGACCUGAUCUGUUUUGGAGCCAAUUAUUGGGACAAAUUCACCCUUGACACACCUCAGAACACAGGACAGUCUUAUAAGACAUAAUAAGAUAAUCAGGUGCCUUUGGUCAAAAGAGGGAAAAGCCUGUCUUUAAGUGUGUACCAAGCUUUAACUAUGUCAAUGAGACAGCCUGAGACAAAACAAGAUAUUAUUUCAAAUGCCAAUGACUUUAUCAGCUCCUGAAGACAAAAGGACACACGGAUGUGUUAUUUAUAGGAGGGGAAAAAGCUGCUCUUUUGCUAUUUCUUGUGUACUUUUAUUCUCUUUUAUUUUAUGUAGCAAUAAAAGCGAGUUUUACAA